UCUAUCUUGGUCGUGGUGUUGCGCGUUGUAAGUUUACAUUAUUAUUUUUGUUAUUAUUAUUAAAUUUAAAUCGCUCAUGCUGUGAUCUACAAUCUACUAUUUUUCAGGAAUGUAUAAUUAUUUUGUCAAACAGAGCACCGUUAAAAGGUUUGCAUUUUGCUGAAGUUCAUUUUAUUUCUAUCCCUGCAAACAUACUGCAAUACAAUGGUUUUGUGAAUUUGACCUCAAAGAUUCCGGUCCUGUGUCAAGCACCCAUUGGUUUGUGUAAAUAGCUCCAUCUACUCAGGAUAUUGUACAAACACACUGGGGACAUUUGUAUUGUCACUUAUCUGCUCUGUGUUGUCCUGAUCUGUAUGCGUUGUUCAGAAAAUAACAGAGAUGAAUAGGACACAACUAGGGUUCCGGAACAAGAAAACGGAAAUGUUAGUGGUAAAACUGAGAUUUUACUUUAUAGAAAUUAGAAGUAGACAGCACAGGGGAACGAAGAAGUCAAGUGCCAACGAUGAGUGUAAUUAUGAAACUGUGGUGCUUCUUUUCCUUACUUCUGUCACAGGCUGGAGUACUCGCCAUCACUUGUGUCAGUCAGGACCCUAACGAAAGGAGACAAGAAAAAGAAAAUAGUCUCACAAACGUCACCUCUUCUUUUACCAUUAAGGAAGGAUCAGAGUAUUCCAGCAGUAAAUUUAAAGUAUUUUUUGAAGUUUGUGAAGGAAGUAAAAGUAGACCUCACUGUAUGUUUGUGUGGGAAAAGGAAUUUAGAAACAUAUCUGUUCUAAACUGGAGUCCAGGAGAAAUGACGAUGUGUUCCGCAAAGCAUCUCAUCGUCAGCGCCUCCACGUUCAUAGUUGAUGUUCAGAUUUCUUUGCCAGUCAAACGGUCUUUCAACCUGAUGAUGUUGUCUGUUGCUGACAACGAGGAAACAUUUAAGCCGUUACGCGUCAUCGGUCUUGUGGUGACCUAUAAGCCCAAGGUCACAAGUCUCACUGUUGACGGCCAUGAAGUUGAUGGUGACCAUCUCAUCAGUGAGGGAAAGAACGUGACCGUUGCCUGUUCUUUUGAUAAUGGGAACCCUCCAGCUCCCUUUCAUCUGCUGGACAAAAGUGGACAGAUAUUGAGAAACACCAGCAACGAAGGAAAUGUCAGCUAUUCAUUUGCUGUCAGGUGUGAAGAUGACUGGCCAAUCAUUGGGUGUGAAGGAGCAGGGUCGGAAUUCAACAGAUCCGUAUCUUUUCUUGUCAGAUGUCCUCCUCAGUUUUUAAAGAACUCGACAACCAUCACCAACCUUGACCCUUCGGGUUCUCUAACGCUUGUGGUCAAGUCUCACACGGCAGCAGUCAAUGGCUGUCUUCUAACACCUCUGUCUUCAGAAGAUAAGGCCACAAGGGAAGUGAGCUGCACUCUGCAGGGUACCAAGCCUAAUCUCCUAUUAAACCUUCACUUUCAAAACGAAAGCAUAGCUAACGGAAACUGGAUUUUAACUCUUCGCAGUGAAAGUGGUUCUGCGAACACGACACUUCGAAUCAUUAAAAGGCAAAACGAAACUGGUAAACAACGUUCAUAUAUGUAUAACACAUGACAUAAUUACAGUUUUUUCAUAAAUAUAUAGAUAUAUAUAUAUAUGUUACACACACAACAUAUGUUAUACACGCACAACAAAUAUAUUUAUAUAUAUAUGAACUCUCUUUUUUAGCAUCGCCAUUUAAAAAACAAAAAUCGGAGUUUGGCUCUAACCAGUAUGAAAUUGAAAGGAGUUUUCACUUGUAGGAUGUUCUAGUUGAAAUUUAAUAAUUUCUCCUUUCUCUGAUGUCAACUCCGCUGGAACAAUCAUGUGUAAAACGGUACAAAACAAAACCGAUUUUAGCACCGAGAUCGUUGUUUAUUUUAAACAAGCAGUUUCCAAGUUUCAACACAGAAGAAAACAUGACAACAAACGGUGAGCAUAUUAAACACAGUUACAAGUAAGAUUAACAUGUGUUUAAUUUAAACAUAUAUGCAAAGAAAGAUCUAGUUAACUUUUAAAGAAGCAGGAACAUUAACUCGAACAAAUUUUACUUAAGGACAAUUAUUAUUUUUCUGUAAUCUGAGAAUACUAAGCUCGCAAUUGUUUUGACAUCUAACGACAUUUUCCUACCCUUUAUUUAAUGAAAGAAAUAAAGAGACGAAGACAGUAUUAACAAUGUUUUAAUCCUUCUUACCUGUUAUACACAGAAUAAACAAUGGUAACUCUUUAGAUGACGACGAUGAUGAUGAUUAUGGCAACCUACAUGCAUCUGAACGGGCAAGGGUAGCUGCAGGAAAAGCCGAGAGACAGUGAGUAAUCAACAUGUACUUUUAAGGUACUCACACAUAUACACCUCUGCACCAUACAGAUAAAAUGAAACAAAAAUAAUUGACAGUCAUUUUUGAUUUAGCACUUGCAGAUGUACACACAUAUGUGGUGUGACCAAUGUUCAUCUUAUUUUUCAGGUUCAGCAUUUUCAGCUUUACGAGUUCAGUCUAGGUCUGUUCAGUGUAACACGAGUCUUCAAAUAUGCAGACCACAAAGGGGUUUCUUCCUUUCCUGCACUCUGCCGUUUUUCAGCUUUUUCUGCUGUUGUUGUUUAGGUCUAUCCUGCUUUACUUUGUCUUUUGCAGGUGCAUUCUCCUGUGAUGGUAGUUCCACGGGUGCCUGAAACGAUGGGCUCUGUGUUUCAUCAACAUCAUUCAGUGGUUGCACCUCAACUACUUGCCAUACCUCUGGACACUCUGCAAGAAGACAGUCGUUUGGGAAAUGUAGUUCUGUAAACUCUAAAAGUGUAACAAAAGACAAUGUUCAAGGAAACAAACGAUAGCUGUGCAGAAAAGUGCAGCAUCUGAUUACUUGUAUUACAAUUAAAAUAGGCCUAAUACUGUAUUAAUAGUGAUAAUGAUGAACUUAAUGUAACAUGUUUUCAUUACAAAAUAGAUUUGUGAAGGAACUUACAUAUCUUCAGCUAAAUGACAGUUAAUAAAUAUUUCUAUGCAAACUUUACGAAUCUAUUUUUGAAAAAUUUAAAGUAACUUAGAAAAUUAAUCACAUUUAAAACUUUUACAGUUGGGGUAGAUAGUUUAGCAGGUACAACCAGGUCAAGACCAUAACUUUUGAAUUUACUUUUUCACUAGAAAUUUGUUUUAAAGUAUUCUUCAAUUUUGUUAUUCUUUGGCCACAUAUAUAUAGGUUCCGAUUAAUGGAGAGACUGCUGCGUUUCUCAAAUAUGAAAGUCUGAUAAAAUUGACAGUAGCUUGACAAAUGUGACAUAACCAGAACUGAAAAAAGAUGCAGCAAGACAGUCGUUUUUGUGCAUGUAAACAUUUAUACUUUGUAGUUGUGCUGUGCUAGGAAGAAAACCACUUAGAAAUCACUUAGGAUAACUUUAGAAAAAGAACAGUUUCCAUUUAUCCAUUUCAUAAAUGGCAUAAAGUAAUAAACAACAAUAAUUACAAAUAUUUUGGUGAUGAAAUCACCUUUUUCACUUUAAUCAUAAAUCCAUUCAAGUGUUACAAGCUGAAAAAUGUGGUCUUGCUAAUGACAUAACAUGUACACAUUUAUUGCAGUCCUUGAUGAGACCAUAAUGGAAAAUCCAGAAAGCAAGACUGUGACUCUGUUGGACCCUUUUUCAAGUGAGACCAAAGGCAUAUAUACAGUGCAGAACAGUAGAAGUCUGUGGCUAUGGGACACGUAAACACUUUUAAAAACCAAAGACUUUUCACAGAUGUUAUUAACUGGGAAGGCUACC